AUGCAAGGCAGCGACGUGCUGCAUAAUGGGACUCUCCCUGCAGCUCCAGUCCCGAGCAAUGGCGUAUUGACGGGUUAUCUUGCCAAUUGCAGCAACUGGCAGGUCUUCUUCACCAUCUUGCUCCUAUUGAUGACCUACGAUCAAGUUGCAUACCUCAUCCGAAAAGGCUCCAUCGCUGGCCCAAGGUUCAAGAUCCCCUUUAUGGGACCUUUCGUGCAGGCUUUAUACCCCAAGUUUGACGCCUAUGUUGCCCAAUGGGCAAGCGGUCCUCUCAGCUGCGUAUCAGUGUUCCACAAAUUCGUUGUCCUUGCUUCCGACCGAGACAUCGCCCACAAAGUCUUCAAGUCCCCGACAUACGCAAAGCCAUGCCUCGUCCCGAUGGCGACCGAGAUCAUGGGAUCUAAUGCUUGGGUCUUUCUCAUGGGUAAGGCUCAUACCGAAUACCGCCGGGGUCUGAACGGCCUCUUUUCCAACAAGGCACUUGGCUCCUACCUGCCAGUACAGGAAAAGGUCUACGAGGACUACUUUGGAAAAUUCGUUGAAGAGAGUGAAGCCCAUAGAGGCAAGCCUACAGCGUUUAUGCGUCUCUUCAGGGAGAUCAACUGUGCACUCUCUUGUCGAACAUUCUUUGGAGACUACAUCUCGCAGGACGCUGUUCAAAGGAUUGCCGACGACUUUUACCUCGUCACCGCUGCUCUCGAGCUCGUCAAUGUCCCCCUUUCGAUCUACGUUCCUUUCACCAAGUGUUGGAAAGGGAAACGCACUGCUCAAGCCGUCUUGGCAGAGUUCGCCAAGUGCGCAGCAGCAUGCAAGGCCAACAUGGCUGCUGGUGGCAAGCCGACUUGCAUUGUUGACCAAUGGGUUCUUCACAUGAUGGAGUCCAAGAGAUACAACGAAAGGAUCGCCGCUGGAGAGACUGGAAUCGAGAAGCCUACGAACCUUAGCCGCGAGUUUACAAACGAAGAGAUUGGCAGUACCAUGUUUACGUUCUUAUUCGCUUCACAGGAUGCAUCAAGUAGCGCUACUACUUGGCUUUUCCAGGUCCUCGCUCAACGACCCGACGUGCUCGAGCGCCUCCGAGAAGAAAACCUCGCCAUCCGAGGUGGCGAUAGAACCCGACCAUUCGAACUAUCCAUGUUCGAAUCAAUGACAUACACCAACGCCGUCGUCAAAGAACUCCUCCGCUGGCGUCCACCAGUAAUCUUCAUCCCCUACCUCGCCACAAGAUCCUUCCCCGUAACACCCAACUACACCGUCCCCAAAGGCUCCAUGAUCGUCCCAUCAUGCUACCCCGCCCUCCACGACGCAAAGGCGUAUCCGGACCCUGAGACAUUUAACCCGGAUAGGUGGAUCACGGGGGAUGCUGAGCAAAAGACCAAGAACUGGCUAGUGUUUGGUGCUGGACCGCAUGAUUGUCUGGCGAGAAAGUAUGUGCCGUUGACCAUGGCUGCCAUGAUUGGAAAGGCGGCUUUGGAGCUUGAGUGGGAGCAUCAUGCGACGGAUCGAUCGGAGGAGAUUCGUGUUUUUGCGACCUUGUUUCCCAUGGACGAAUGCCAGCUGGUGUUUAAGAGACGUGAAUAGGUUCGACGUAGGAUUGAUUUCGGUAGAAAAGGCUUUAUUUAUCUGAAGUAGAUCACUCCAAGUUCUCAUGGGCAUCAUGAAAAGUGAUGCUAUUCUCCCCGUCGCUCCAGUCUCUGUCAUCGUUGCCAUUGUUGUCAUCAUCAUCGCCGUCUUCCUCUUCUUCUUCCUCCUCCUCUUCUUCUUCGUCGUCGUCGUCGUCGUCGUCGUUUUCGCUCAUGCUUCCCCAACCCCUUGAGCCGAUGCCAUCUGAAACAUGAUGAUCAUAGUCAUCAGUGUCAGAUGGACUGCUUUCGUUAUACUCAUCUUCGUAC